AAACAGCCGGGGAGUAGCUAGCUGCCUACGAACGAGCGAAUAACCCGGGUACAGCUGACUUCUCCCGAAACAAUUAUGACCGUCUCGCCGUUGUCGCUUUCUCUCAGGUAUCUGUUUCCCGGUCGCUGAAUGGCGCUGGUAACCGUGCGGCGCUCACCGACCCCCAGCACCAGCUCCAGCCCCUGUGUUUCGGAGUCCGGCAGUGGGGAGGAGGACCUGCGCUCUCAGCCUAGAAGUAUCAGUGAGAGCUUCCUGACAGUGAAAGGCGCCGCCCUCUUCCUGCCACGUGGAAAUGGCUCCUCCCCUAGCUCUACCUCCCGCUUCUCUCAGCUCCGCAGCAAACAUGCAGGUGAUCUCCAGCAGCACCUGCAGACCAUGUUCACUCUCCUCCGACCAGAGGACAACAUCAAACUGGCAGUACGGUUGGAGAGUACCUUAUACCAGGGGACUCGCUACAUGGUAGUGGUCUCCACUAACGGCCGCCAGGACACAGAGGAGAGCCUGGUACUGGGCAUGGACUUCAGCCCUACAGACAGCUCGUGCUUGGUGGGGCUGGUUCUCCCCCUAUGGAGCGACACACUGAUACACCUGGAUGGAGACGGGGGUUUCAGUGUGUCCACUGAUAACAGGGUCCAUGUAUUCAAGCCUGUGUCAGUGCAGGCCAUGUGGUCCGCUCUGCAGUCGCUCCACAAGGCGUGUGAGGUGGCUCGUUGCCAUAACUACUACCCCGGCAGCCUUUUCCUGACCUGGGUCAGCUACUACCAGAGCCGGGUCUCCUCUGACCAAUCACGCAUCAACGAGUGGAACGCCAUGCAGGACGUCCAAUCACAUCGUGCCGACUCUCCCGUGCUCUUCUCUGACGUGCCGACAGAGAGAGAGAAAACGGAGCGGCUGAUCAAGACUCGUCUGAGAGAGAUCAUGGUACAGAAAGACUUGGAGAAUGUCACCUGCAAAGAGAUCCGCACAGAGCUGGAGGUGCACAUGGUGUGUAACCUCCGUGAGUUUAAGGAGUACAUAGACAACGAGAUGAUCCUGAUCCUGGGCCAGAUGGACAGUCCCACUGAGAUAUUCGACCACGUUUACCUGGGCUCUGAGUGGAACGCAUCCAAUCUGGAGGAGCUGCAGAACAGUGGUGUGCAGUAUAUUCUGAACGUGACGAAGGAGAUUGACAACUUCUUCCCAGGUGUGUUUGAGUACCAUAACAUCCGUGUGUAUGAUGAGGAGGCUACAGACCUGCUGGCAUACUGGAACGACACCUACAAGUUCAUCUCCAGAGCCAAGAGAGUGGGAGCUAAGUGUCUGGUGCACUGUAAGAUGGGUGUGAGUCGCUCUGCCUCCACGGUGAUAGCCUACGCUAUGAAGGAGUACGGCUGGGACCUGGAGAGGGCAUUUGACCAUGUUAAGGAGCGACGUGCCGUCACCAAACCUAACCCGUCCUUCAUGAGACAGCUAGAGGAGUACCAGGGCAUACUGCUGGCCAGUAAGCAGAGACACAACAAGUUGUGGCGUUCCCACUCGGAUAGCGAUCUAUCAGAGCACCACGAGCCACUGUGUAAGACCGCCCACCACCCCCACACCCUGGGCCGCUCAGACCCCCGUAACCAGGGCAACAGUCCCACCGCACCCUCCCUGCAGGAGCUGCUGCACCCCUCGCUGGGAACCCCCUCCAACACGGGGCAGGUGGUGCAGUCCGUCUCUGAGUGUGGGACGCCCUCUAGUGCAGGGAAGGUGGUACGGUCCAGUAGCCAGCCCAAUACCACUGUUACUAGGACUGAAGCUCAGUUGACCUCCACAACUGGGGUCCAGUCAGUAGGCAGUGGGGUCCAGUCCUCCCAUACUGUUGACCAGUCAGCUCCCAGUGGGGUCCAGUCCUCCCAUACUGUUGACCAGUCAGCUCCCAGUGGGGUCCAGUCCUCCCAUACUGUUGACCAGUCAGCUCCCAGUGGGGUCCAGUCCUCCCAUACUGUUGACCAGUCAGCUCCCAGUGGGGUCCAGUCCUCCCAUACUGUUGACCAGUCAGCUCCCAGUGGGGUCCAGUCCUCCCAUACUGUUGACCAGUCAGCUCCCAGUGGGGUCCAGUCCUCCCAUACUGUUGACCAGUCAGCUCCCAGUGGGGUCCAGUCCUCCCAUACUGUUGACCAGUCAGCUCCCAGUGGGGUCCAGUCCUCCCAUACUGUUGACCAGUCAGCUCCCAGUGGGGUCCAGUCCUCCCAUACUGUUGACCAGUCAGCUCCCAGUGGUGACCAGUCCUCCCAUACUGUUGACCAGUCAGCUCCCAGUGGUGACCAGUCCUCCCAUACUGUUGACCAGUCAGCUCCCAGUGGGGUCCAGUCCUCCCAUACUGUUGACCAGUCAGCUCCCAGUGGGGUCCAGUCCUCCCAUACUGUUGACCAGUCAGCUCCCAGUGGGGUCCAGUCCUCCCAUACUGUUGACCAGUCAGCUCCCAGUGGGGUCCAGUCCUCCCAUACUGUUGACCAGUCAGCUCCCAGUGGGGUCCAGUCCUCCCAUACUGUUGACCAGUCAGCUCCCAGUGGGGUCCAGUCCUCCCAUACUGUUGACCAGUCAGCUCCCAGUGGGGUCCAGUCCUCCCAUACUGUUGACCAGUCAGCUCCCAGUGGGGUCCAGUCCUCCCAUACUGUUGACCAGUCAGCUCCCAGUGGGGUCCAGUCCUCUCAUACUGUUGACCAGUCAGCUCCCAGUGGGGUCCAGUCCUCCCAUACUGUUGACCAGUCAGCUCCCAGUGGGGUCCAGUCCUCCCAUACUAUUGACCAGUCAGCUCCCAGUGGGGUCCAGUCCUCCCAUACUGUUGACCAGUCAGCUCCCAGUGGGGUCCAGUCCUUGGAUUCCCCAGACAGUGCUCCCCUGGCUGGGUCUGCGUGUCCCCCGUCCCCCCCUCUGUCCAACGGCCUGUGUGACUCAGAGGAGGAUCCCUCGACCCAGUCUCUCCCCCGGCCGCGGGCGGCCACCGUGGUGCCUGAUGUUUCCACUGUAACCGUGGUGGAGACCGUGCCGGUCGGGCGUCCUCACCUGCCCCCCUCCCUUCACCACCUCCCCCUCUCCCCUGCACCUUUUCCAACCCCCUCCGGCGCAGACGAGACUCUGAAAGCCAAGGAGCCAUCCUCUAACUUGCCUGGGCAAAAGUCCCGCCAGUCGCAGGUGCCCGAGUUGUUGUUGUUGUUGUUGUUGAGGACCCCGGUAACAAGCAGACAAACAGCAGGAUCCCAAGAGCUGUCCGCACCAGUGCCUUAUGAGAAACUACACAGUGACCAGCGGUUACCUGGGGUGUUUUUGGACAGUUCAGGACCCCAACAACCCUCCAGUAGUGAGGUGCUCAUCAUCAGCCAGCCCAGUGCCCCCCUUCAGGACCCUGUCUCAGAGGGGUCCUCGGCUCUCAGCACAGACCGCAUCAACUUCUUCAGCGCCAGAGAGAAGUUCCAGGACAUGACUCGGGACGGGAGGACCCGCUGCUUUUCUGAUCAGGCACUGCAGCAGACACCUCAGCCCAUACCCAGGGGUCCAGGACAGGAGCAGCAGCAGGAGGACCCCUCUGCUGAGGCGACUGAGGAGGUCAAGGAGAGGAAGAGGGAGAACGUCGUCUCUGUUCACCUCAUAGUCACAGAACUGGAGUCCUUGAUGCACACUGUGGCCCCUUCCCCUGGUCCUUCCAGCCAACCAGAGUCUACAGCCUCCCAGGACCAGGAAAUGUGUCAGUCACACCAGGAAGUAGAGGAGAAAGUUGCAAAGUCACAGCAGGAAGUGAAGGCUGUCAAAGAGGAAGUGAAGGACAAAGCAAAGGAGAUGGAAACUGCCUCCCACUCUCCUCCCACCCCUCUCUCUGGUGAUUGGGCAAUGGGCUCUGUGCGCCGCGUCACCCGACAGCUGGAGCAGCGAAUGAGGCAGGAGCACGGCUCCCCCUCCCCAACUCCCCCGUCCCUCCCACUCGACCCCUCCCACCACCCUGCCUCCAUCACCCCUCGCCACACUGCCUUCUGCUAUGCCCCCCUGUCCUCCGUGGACUUCCUUUGUCUGGAGGGGGUGACUGAGUUGGAGUCGGGCACGAACUGGGGUAGCCCCCCGGGACGAGGACGCGGUGACAUCAUGAGGGAGACACGGGAGAUGGGGGCGUUCCGUCGCCAGGAGAGCGGGGAUGGGGCCAAGGAGCCCAGGUGUAUGGGCCAGGUGUGGGGGGAAGGUGUGGAGGCGAGGCAGAAGGGGAGCAGGGGGGGCGACCGGCAGAGAGCCAGGGAGAUAGAGGCCCGGAUUCGCCGGGCUGGACUGACCCCGCCCUCCCUGAUGAAGCGCUCUGCCUCAUUGGCUAAGCUGGGCUGCCUAGAGCUGUCGGCCAAUGACCUGAGCGGCUGGGAGCUUAGCCCCACCGUGGAACCCUUCCCUCCUUUGGUGGCAGCUGACGAGUCCUCCAAGAAACUGAGGGUGCUAUCCCACAAUGCCCCCUGUCUGACUUCUUCUGUCUCAACCAGCAGGCCAGAGUCCCUCAGGACCGGAGGGGAGGGGCCUUGUAAGGGUGGACACACCCCCUCAGAACACUUGCAUUCUCCUCCGCCUGACUCUGGUCACGCCCCCUCGCCGAUGCCUGACCUGAUCGUCGUGGCAACACGACAGCAGUACGGAAGGACACACCCCCUACAUAGGCUGAAGAAACAGACUGUCAGCACCCUCUACCACACUAUGUGACCCUCACACUGUUCUCUGUGUGUGUGUGUGUGUGUGUGUGUGUGUGUGUGAGAGCGCGAGACACAAAGUGAUGAAUGUGUGUAUGCAAUAACUGUUUAAUUUCUACUUUAUUUCUAUCUGGAACUAUGUGAAAACGGGUCAAACCCCAGCCACUUUCCUGAGCCUCUACCCCCCCGUCGCUUGCAGAUUUGCAAAACUCUGAUAGGAUGUACAAUAUGGCUGCCUUCCCAUAGAACAUAGGAAGAAUAGAUGGAUCCAUCACCAUUGUGCUUAAUGCUAACACAAAGCUUCUCUCUUCAGGGCCCGUAUCCACAAAGCGUCUCAGAGUAGAAGUGCUGAUCUAGGAUCCGUUUUUGCCUUUUUAGAUCAUAAUGAAUAAUAUUAUAUGGACAGAUCCUAGAUCAGGACUCCUGCUCUGAGAUGCUCUGUGGUUGCGGGCCCAGAUGUGCUGACUGUAAAGGGGUAGAGGGGCUAGAGGUUGUUUUCCGAGAUGAGUUUGACUGUUCAAUACCUCGUGGGCCUGAAACCUGAGCAGCACAACCAGCACAAUCAUCAAGUCAAUCACUUAAUAUCAUUCAAUCAGUUCAAACAAGCACAGUCUUCUCUCUGUCUUGCCUACAUUAACUUGAAGACUACUUGAAGUGUGUGUGUGUGUGAGAGAGAGGGGGAGCGAGAGAGAGAGGGGGAGACUAAGUAUGUUAUAGGCAGCAUGUGCCGUUAUACUGGCACCCCGGAGAUAGUACUUGGUUGCACAGCCUUUGGCCAAGAUAACUGCCAACAAAUGCUUCUUGGAGCCAACAAUGAGCUGGCUGCACCUUUCUACUGGCACUUUUCAGCAGCAAACUGCUCUAAUUCUUCAAUUUGUGGCCAACUGAAGUUUACAAAAAUAAAAUUGCUUCUGAAAUGUUGAAAAUUGCUUCUGCAAUGUUGAAAAUCCAAUAAGGUGUGGGGACCAAAAGUUUUUUUCUAACUUAUUUGAGAAGAAAUAGGGAAUUUAAGAAAAGUGCAAGGAGGGGGUCAAUAUAUUUGGCCUCCACUGUAUGUAGAGACUUGUAGGAUGAGUAAUGUGUUUUAUUGUUGCAUAUGUCUGUAUUGUGCAUUUGAGUGUGUUUCAUCAUUUUAGAACGUGUUUUAUAUCAGUUGGAGUCUGGACUGUGUGUGUGAGCCAAUAUUUCCAUAUCGAUAUGUUUUCUAUCUGUUAAGAGUCUGGACUUUGUGUGGUGGGGCGGACAGAAUAUCUCCACAUGGAUGUGUACAUUUCUAACAGAUGUUUAUCACUUUUGUGCAUAUAAUAGGACGUUUCUGAAAUAUGCACUUUACUCCUUUGUUUUAUUUAAUUUUUUUAAUUUAUGGUUUCUACUCGUCGAGCUUAAAUGGGAGUAAAAAAAAUGGUGUGUGUGUGUAUUAUACAAUGCAAAAACGGUAAUGUAUUUUUCUAGGACUGGGACUGUGUUUUUGUCUUUUUAUACUGUAUAUGAAAUGUAAGUCCCGUUUUAUACCUGGUUCUAACAUGUCUCCUGAUCUUGUCCACAUUAUGAUUGGGUCCACAUAUUUAGACAGAUGUAGACAAUUAAAAGGCGCAUUGUGAUCCGAUCUGCCUGCCCACCUCCGCAGGUAGUCAGACACUCACGUGUCUGGGUAUCUUACAGGUGUAGCCGGAUCUGGACGGUGAAACCAAUUUUAAAUCAUCAUAAUUCCGCCCUCUAAAAUCAUUGACAGGUGACACCAUUGAUUUGACAUCAAUUUGCAUACAGGGAAGGGACCGGGAUAUAUUCACACACACACACACACUGGACGGAUAAGAGACAUUUUACUACCAUGUGUAGAUGCAAUGACUACAAUGUGUAGCACAAUCCGAAUGUGAAUAAGAUCCGGGACCUUGGAUCCUCUCCUCCAAUGAGCUUUGAGAAGAAUUGAGGAAACUUGGGACCUUGGAUCCUCUCCUCCAAUGAGCUUUGAGAAGAAUUGAGGAAACUUGACAACUACUGUAGUAAUAUGUUUUCCACUGUUUAGAUCAAUACCACCAUCGAGACCAUUGUUCCAGCAUAACACUGAACCAACAAGCUUGAACUCCAGUCUUCUUUCAACCCCAUAUAUAUAUAUAUAUAUAUUGUGUGAAAAGAAAUUGUCACAUCUGACCCAAAGUGUAAGGGCUCGAUUCAAUCCGCAUCGGCGAAGUCCAGCACUAUAGCGCACUUGAAAUUUAAAGCUGCAGUAUGUAACUUUUUGGGGCGACCUGACCAAUUGCACAUAGAAAUGUGAGUUAUAGAUCUGUCACUCAUUGAAAGCAAUGAGAAGCGGUAGAUCUGUUCUAUGUGAGCUAUUUCUAUGCUUCCUGUGCUUAAAUUUCAUUUUUGCUUAUUUUCCUUCCGGUUUUGUACACCAGCUUCAAACAGCUGAAAAUAUAUUUCACAGUGGUUUAGAUGGUACAAUGAUUCUCUACA